UAGUGUCACUGUCAAAUACUGUCACCAAAGGUAAAUAUUGAUUUUUGAAUAUCUCCUACAUUUUGAAAAUUUAUAAAAAUGGAUAAUGAACAAAAAGAUGCCAAUGUAGAAACAAUUGAAUCAUUAACUAAAGAAACUGAGAUCCUUAAAAAGAAAUUAGAAGAUGAACGACAAAAAUUAAACGAUGUUACAUUAUCCCAAAUUGCGGAGCGAUUAGAUAUUAUUAAUUAUAUGAAUAUAAAACCCAGACGAACAUUAAAAGGACAUCAAGCAAAAGUUUUAUGUUCAGACUGGUCUCCAGAUAAGAGGCACAUAGUAUCUUCUUCACAGGAUGGUAAAAUGAUAAUCUGGGAUGCUUUCACAACUAACAAGGAGCAUGCAGUUACAAUGCCAACAACAUGGGUGAUGGCGUGUGCUUAUGCUCCUUCUGGGAAUUUGGUUGCUUGCGGGGGACUGGACAAUAAAGUAACUGUAUAUCCAUUAAGUCUCGAAGAAGAUGUUUCUCUUAGGAAGAAGACUGUAGGAACUCAUACUAGCUACAUGAGCUGUUGUAUUUUUCCAAACUCGGAUCAACAGAUAUUAACUGGGAGCGGGGACUCAACUUGUGCCCUUUGGGAUGUUGAAUCUGGACAGUUGCUACAGAGUUUCCAUGGACAUUCUUCGGAUGUCAUGGCCAUCGAUUUGGCUCCAUCAGAAACUGGAAAUACUUUUGUUUCGGGGAGUUGCGAUAAAAUGGUGUUGAUUUGGGACAUGCGAACGGGGCAGUGCGUUCAAUCCUUCGAGGGACAUGAAUCUGACGUCAACAGUGUCAAGUUUCAUCCCAGUGGUGAUGCAGUGGGCACCGGUAGUGACGAUGCAACAUGUCGUCUUUUCGACCUUCGAGCUGACAGAGAAAUUGCGGUAUAUAGCAAAGAGAGCAUUAUUUUUGGAUCGAACUCUGUGGAUUUUUCAGUAUCAGGACGUUUGCUAUUUGCUGGUUACAAUGAUUACACUGUUAAUGUUUGGGAUACGUUAAAAUGUGCAAGAGUGUGCUUACUCUAUGGCCACGAAAACAGAGUAUCUUGUUUGCAAGUUUCUCCAGAUGGAACAGCUCUUUCAACGGGAUCUUGGGAUUUCACUCUGAGGGUAUGGGCUUAAUCUGCCAAUAGAUGUAUACUUUCUUCUGCCAGCUGUCGUUACGGUUGCGUAUGGAAGUUGGAAAUGUUUAUAGUCACCCAGAUAUAAUGAUAUAUUUUACACAUUGGAUUAAAAGUUAAAUGAUCGGUAAUGACACUGAAGAUCCAAUGAAAAUAAAAUAAAACCUAAUAUAGUUCCGAAACUAUUGUGGAAUUACCAUAUUAUCUUACCAUACCUUAUUUAAUGGGAAUUAACCACAAUUUUCACUGAAAAUAUGUUUAUUUUGACCAUUCAUUUUGUUACUUAAUAAUACAACAAGCUCUUGUCUCUAACUAAUUAAUUUUAUAUGUCUCAUUCAUAAUGACAAUUUAGACAUAUAUUUUAAAUUUUAAACUAGAGGACUUAAGAUAUUGUCAAUUUUUUUGGGGACAUUUCUGGGGGCAUUUCCGGGUCCACUUUAUCAAGGGAUAGUUUAUUUGAUUCUAUGAAAUCAAAAAGUUGAGAAUACCUGUCAGAAAAAAUGGUAGCAUCUGUAUGUAUAAAAUACAAAAGAUUAAUAAAUUAGGAUAAACAAAUUUAUUACUUAAUAAAUUGUUCAUCCCAAUUUAUUAAUGUCUUGUAUUUUAACGUCAAAUAAACUUAAUUUUAAAGUAAAACUGUGGCUUAUUCCCAACAAAAAUAGCAAUUUUUUAUACAGGAAUCUCUCAAUAUGUAUAUGUAACUUGCUAAAAAAUAUUUGAUGUAUUUUAUAUGUGUACUUUGUUACUAUUCCUGAUUUCCAACUUGCAAAAACGUAUACAUAUAUAUCGUAGACGUCAUUUAUUGAUAGUAGAAAAUGAACAAAGUCUGCAUUUAAAAAUAGGUGUUAGAAUAUGUUAAACAGUAUUAUUUUUUAUUUAAAUACUGUAUUUUUAGGAUAUUAGCUCGAAUUUUAUUCUCGUUUUAAUAAAUUUAAUAUAUUUCUAUUAAUUUGUUACUCGUCAGUUGCCUCUGUUACACUAAAACAAAAUGUCAACAUCAAAAUAUAGAUUUUAUUAAAAUAUACAACUUUGUAAUAUUAACUACUGUAUGUUUUUACUAUAUCGACUUUAUCUCUAUGGUGAAAAAAUAAAACAUUCUACAGUUGAUAAUGCUGGGCAAGGUUCAAGGUAAAGGCGACAUAGGACGAAUAAGAAUGUCCUGGUUGGGAAAUCUCAGAUAAUGGAUUGGAUACAAUUCAAUACAAUUAUUUCGUACAGCGACCUUAAACAUAAGUAUAACAAUGAUGAUUGCCAACUUCCGUGGCUGAGAAAGCACCUUAAGAAGAAGAAUAAUAAUGUAUAAAAAUGCACUAUACUAUAGACUAACGAAGAAUGCAUAAUGGUGCAACAUGGUAUAAUAAAUAAUCGAUCAUGUAUUUCAGAGCUGUUAUUUGUUCUCUUUCUAUAUUAUUAAAUCUGUUCGAGUAUCUACUGAUUAUUCUUCUGUAAGUGCCGUUUUCCAAUCGGUGUUGGAUAUCAUCAGUAUCUUUACUCUUUCUACCACUUAGUCCAGAAAGCCACUGCGCAUCCGCUAGGAAAAAUAUUCCGAUUCGGAUUUUUUGCACAAUCUUACUCAAAAAGUACCCCUUUUAACAAAUUUGCAUGUUGCCAGGACCAAAAGUGGGUCAAAAAUUUUUUAAACGUUUUUUUUUUCCUAAAAUUAUUUUUUUUGCAUGAAACAAAGUUUUUUUCUUAGGUUUUUUCGAUCAUUCCAACAGAAAAGGUCUCUAGUGACUUUUCUCUAAAGUUGAUAGAUUUUGACAUAUAAGCGAUUAAAAAUUGAAAAAUUGCGAAAUCGGCCAUUUUUAACCCUCAAAAACUAUGUGAAAAACUGAAAAUUUGAAUGUUGCCAAGGUAGGUAGAUAUUCUUUAAACAUCUAUUGAUGAAAUCCCAAAGAGUUUUUUGCAAUACAAUAUUCAAAACUCCUUUGUUUUUAAUUGCUAAUCAAGCGUGCGCGACACUAUUUUCCACCGUUGCAUGUGCAUACAGUAUGGUGCAAAUGAAAGGAAUAAAUUCGUUAUUUCGUAAACCGGCGACUUUAGGGAAAAAUCCCGAAACAGGUCGAGUUUUAUUUUUAAGUUAUGAUAUUGUGGCAUAUAUGGUAUACUAGUGACGUCAUCCAUCUGGGCGUGAUGACGUAAUCGAUGAUUUUUUUUAAAUGAGAAUAGGGGUCGUGUUCUAGCUCAGGGGUUCUCAAUCUGUGGUACAUGUACAGUUAUAUUAAAAAAAAAAGGGUACAAGUAUUAGAAAGGGAAGUUAACGUCAUCCUAUUUGUGUACAACCGGCUGGGAUUUUUGGAGGUUAUCAAAUGUCAUAAGUGAUCAAAAAUGCAACUCAUAGACGUCAAAGACGUUUAAUUUGAUAGAAGGUUUAACGUUACGUACAAUAAAAAAUUAAUAUGCCUCGUCAUUUAAGUGAGAUUGAAAAGGCUCAAAUAAUUACGAAAAUGGAAGAAGGAUGGUCAAUUCGUGCGCUAGCAAAUUUCUAUAAUAGAAAUUUGAAAACAAUCUUCAGAAUUAAGCAACGAUGGGUCCAACAACAAUCAUUAAAAAGAAAAGUUGGUUCAGGGCGUUCCAAAGUAUCCACUCCUCAACAAGAUGCUGUUUUAGUUCAAUUCUUAAGAGAUAAUCCAUUUGCGACGUCGAAGGAAUUCAAGGAUUUAUACGGGAUUUCCUGGUGCCCAACCUACUGUAAGCAGAAGGAUCAAUGAAUCUGAAUUAAAAAACCGACCAGCUGCUAAAAAACCAUUAGUAACUGUUGAACAUCGGCAAGCAAGAGUAAUAUUUGCACUAAACUAUGUUUACCGCAACCCACAAUUUUGGAACAACGUCAUUUUUACUGAUGAAAAGACUUUUCAGUCGACCUAUAACGGUCAAAUCCGUGUUUAUCGUCCAGCCAAUACUAGGUUUGAAGAACGAUAUAUUCACUCUCAUAAUAAAUCUGGACGUUUUUCUGUAAAUGUAUGGGGUUGGAUUAGUAUACAUGAACCUGGUGUUUGUUGGCGAUUAGAGGGAAGAUUUACUGCCGACAAUUACAUUAACGUUUUGGAACACGUAAUGCUCCCUUCUAUUGAGCAAUUGUAUCCUAAUAAUACUUUUAUAUAUCAACAAGAUAAUUGUUCAGUCCACACUGCCCAUGCCGUAAGGAAUUGGUUUCAAACGCAAAACCUGGAAGUAUUGCCAUGGCCUGCGCACAGUCCAGAUAUAAAUCCAAUUGAAAACAUUUGGGGCAUAAUUGCUAAAAAAAUAUAUAAAAGAAAUUUUAUGCCACAAAAUUCAGAUCAAUUGUGGGAUACAAUCUUAGAGUGCUGGGAAGAUCUUGAUCCAAAUAUGAUAUCUAAUAUAAUUCAAAGUAUGCCAAAUAGACUAAAUAAAGUUAUAGAAGCAGACGGUUCUAUCACCAAAUACUAAAUUCUAUUUGUAACAGUCAUUAAAAUUAUUCUUUAUAUAAUUGUUGAAUAAAUGGUUUCGUCUAAUUAAUGCUCAACGCCAAUGAUUUAUAUUUUUAAUAACCUGUGACAUUUGAUAACCUCCAAAAAUCCCAGCCGGUUUUACACAAAUAGGAUGACGUUAACUUCUCUUUCUAAUACUUGUAUCCUUUUUUUUUUAAUAUAACUGUACCACUGGUGGUACAUUUCAUUAGGUGCGGUGGUACACAAAACGCAAAACCACUGCCAAAAUUCAGCAUAUUUGUACUUAAUUAGAUUAUCUACCUCCAUAGUUAGGUCUAUCUACAUCUUCAGUUAGGUGGUACGAAAAAUAAUUAUAAGAAUUUUGGUGGUACAUGGCUCAAAAACAUUGAAAACCACUGUUCUAGCUCAUUUGAAAGGUUCUUUAAUUAUCUAUUCAGUAAUAUAAACAUUUACAUAAUUAUUUAUACAGGGUGUCCAAAAAAUGUUUAUUAAAUUAAAUUAUUUGACAAAAAAGAAGACUGUAUGAAAUUUAUUUAAUUCAAAAUACAAUUUACUGCUUUCACAAAUCAAAAAACAAAGUUUAUUUCUCAAAUAAACAUUGCUUUUCGCUUCUAUAAAAAACUUCCAAGAGGCAGGUGGCUGGCCGGAGCUGGCUUGAACAUUGAAUUUAAUCGAAAAGCAAUGUUUAUUUGCGAAAUAAACAUUUUUUAGUUUUUGGGUAACAGUUAAAUGUAUUUUGAAUUAAAUAAAUUACAUACAUUCUUCUUUUCUUUUCAAAUAAUUCAAUUAAAAACUUUUUUGCACACCCUGUAUAAAUAAUUAUGUAAAUGUUUAUAUUACUGAACAGAGAAUUAAAGAAUCUUUCAAAUGAGCUAGCAUAUGACCCCUAUUCUCAUUUAAAAAAAUCAUCGAUUACAUCAUCACGCCCAGAUGGAUGACGUCACUAGUAUACCAUAUAUGCCACAAUAUCAUAACUCAAAAAUAAAAAUCGACCUGUUUCGGGAUUUUUCCUUAAAGUCGCCAGUUUACGAAAUAACGAAUUUAUUCCUUUCAUUUGCACCAUACUGUAUACACAUGCAACGGUGGAAAAUAGUGAGGCGCACGCUUGAUUAGCAAUUAAAAAACAAAGACAUUUUGAAUAUUGUAUUGCAAAAAACUCUUCGGGAUUUCAUCAAUCGAUGUUUAAAGAAUAUCUGCCUACCUUGGCAACAUUCAAAUUUUCAGUUUUUCACAUAGUUUUUGAGGGUUAAAAAUGGCCGAUUUCGCAAUUUUUCAAUUUUUAAUCGCUUAUAUGUCAAGAACUAUCAACUUUAGAGAAAAGUCACUAAAGACCUUUUCUGUUUGGAAUGAUGAAAAAAACCUAAAAAAAACGUUUAAAAAAUUCUUGACACACUUUUAGUUCUGGCAACAUGAAAAUUUGUUAAAAGGAGUCCUUUUUGAGUAAGAUUGUGCAAAAAAUCCGAAUGGGAAUAUUUUUCCUAGCGGAUGCGCAGUGGCUUUCUGGACUAACGGCUCUGAAGAGUUCUGUUAAACCGCUUUUAAACCAGUCCCUUAAAUUUUUCAACCAUGACACUUUUCUUCUUUCUAGACUCCUCCCUUCUUUCUCAUUGUGUUUAUUAUUUCAUAUUUUUUGCCUAUUUCUCGCAAUACUUCCGUUUCUCAUGAAUAACUUAAAAAAUUUAAAUUUGAUAGAAAAAUUCACUAAGAACGAAAUUGUAGCUAAUAAAAAAACUUCGCGUCGGAAAGACGUAUGUAAACCCAAUAACGACUGAGUUAUUGCUCUUUAAAUGAUGGUUAUUUUCGAAGAACCUCGAAAUGGAGAACCUUCUCAAAGAGAAGAGAAUCUCAAAUAACUCGAAUGUGGUGCAAUUUUUUGGGAAAACUUAGAGAUAUCUUUUAAAGUUCAUUAAAAAACUUUUCAAAUGAGCUCUGAUAAAAGUUUUCUGCAUAAGAACUGACUGACUUAUGACGAAAAUAAAGUCGCUUCCUGCUUUUUCAACGAAAACUUUUCGUUUAUAAAUUCGCAAAAGUGUGUGUGUGUUAUUACGUUGCCGCUCCUGAAAUAUGUAGAGGCUACCUUGCGAUGGAUUCCUAUGUAGUUUUGUCUUCUGAAUCCAAAUCUGAAAACGGCAUUUCGCUAUCUCUAACCAUCUUCGAGAUAUCCGACCUCAAAGUCGUCAUUGUGACGUCACAAGCCUCCUUUAAAUUGUCAUUUUCUUCCGACAUAGAAACGUCAACUCUACUUUGUUUUCGUUUGACGCAACUAAACGUCAACAUAAAAUUGAAAUGUCAAAUAAACAAAUUUUAUUUAUUUAUGUUAAUGUAAUGUUAAAUUACAGUUCACUAUUUUCAAGGAAAACUGUUUAUUUUGUAUUUGUUUAUUUAUAUUAGAUAUCAAAUCUAUUGGGACCGUGCAAGUUCGGAAAAGCGACACCUAUUUCUACGCUCUGAAGUUUUAUUCGCAUUUUUAAUUAUAUUGGCCAAUCAUAUGGUCCUGGUUACUGGAUAAUUGUCAAGGCCAUAGUCCAAAAAAAAUAAUAAGAAGAAAAACAAUUGUAUGUAGUAAAUAAAAUUAGUUAUUAAAAUGCAGUAUUGCAAGCAAAAUACAAUUAAUUAAAUUUACCUUUAUAUAAUAAUUGCAUAUCAUAUCAAUAUUGUGAAGCAAUAUAUAAUUUUUCUUCUUAAAUGAUAAUAGGUAUGAAAUGUACGUCAAUUUGACAAUUUCAGUUGACAAUAUGAAUUAUUUAAGAAAGUUGCAAUAUUUCUCCGCUAUUCGCGCACGAUCGUUUCGUGUAUCCCUUCCAAGUACUUGCACACUGUGAAUAUUAUACAAGGUAUGUCACAAAAUAUGAAGUUCGAUCAAGAUUAAAGUAUCUUUUUUUUUCACAAUAUUGAAAAGUGUUAUUAUAAAAAGUUGUUUGGAGUUAAAAACUAUGUUCUAAUGUGCAAUUAUUAUUUGUACAUCCUUCUAAAGAUAAAAAAAAUAUUUGAAAAUUUUUCUCAAAUUACGGAUACCAAUACCAUUUUCAUUCAUAACUCUUUUAUUAUUAAUUUUACGAAGAAAAGCUAUUCUUCAUAAAAAGAUCUGCAUGGUCUAAAAUCUAAGAUGCAAUCAUCACAUAUCAAAUUUUAUGAAUUUUUUUCGAGGUAUGUCAAAAAAUAUGAAUUUCGUUCGAGAGUAGAGUAUCUUUAUAGAUUUAUGUUAAUUAGGAUAUAAUUGCAUAUUAAAACAUAGCAUUUAAUACUGAACAACUUUUCAUAAUAGAAAUUUUCCAUAUUAUGAAUUUAAAUACGUAAAUAAACAAAGUUUUCGUUAUGAUAGUGCUUGCAUUUUCAGCUUGUUUUUUAAUAAUGUGUCUAACAAUUAAACCCUCGUCAUUACAAUCUUAAUAAAAAUGAAUAGCUUCCCACUUAAAAUUAACUUUAUUUAGGUAUAAUUGAUACGAUCCAUGUGAUUUGACUGGUUUGAAAUGGUUAGUUUAGAAAAAAUAGUUUAUUAAAUCGAAAAUGGCAUUUUUAUAAUUAAAAAAGUGCAUUUUUCUUAAUUAAAUGUAAAAGGAUUCAUAUUAUGAAAAAAUGUGUCAAAUAUUAAUUGUAGGAUUUUUUUUACUGAAAAUUUUGAUUUCUUUUUGUUUUUGUAUCAUGAAUACUUUUAGGUUUAUUUUAGAAAACUGCACUUUUUAAAAUUUAUAAAAAUGUCAGUUUCGAUUUUAUCAACUAUUUUUUCUAAACUGAGCAUUCCAAACCGGUCAAAUCACAUGGAUCGUAUCAAUUUUACCUAAAUAAAGUCAAUUUCAAGUGGGAAGCUAUUCAUUUCUAUUAGGAUUGUUAUGACGAGGGUUUAAUUGUUACAUUUCAAAAAAAAGCAGGGAGCGACUUUAUUUUCAGCAUAAGUCAGUCAGUUCUUAUGCAAAAAACUUUUAUCAGAGCUCAUUUGAAAGGUUUUUUAAUAAACUCUUCUCAGGGGUGGAAAAUGUUUUGGUUAAAAUUAUCACGGAAUUCGCUAGAGAACCUAAUUCUAAACAAAAUUGUUCUAUAAUUUUUUUUGAAAACUCGAUACUUUUUGAGUUAUUCGUGGCUGAAAAUUGGCCAUUUUCAUUUAUACAUAAUACCUUUUCGAACGGUUUUUUUGCGAAUACCUUAAAAACUAUGCAUCUAACUAAAAAACUAUAUUCAACAUUUUGUAAGCUAUAAAAAACAAAGAGGCACUUGUCUCCAUAACUCUUUUAGUUAUAAUACAAAAAGAGAUAUGGUAGGUGAAAAUAGUUUGUUUUUUUGGUACAUUCUCAAAUUGGUGUAUUCAACUUGCAAUAACAGAGAAACGGUUGAUUUUAGGUGUAUAAUGCUACCAUUACCUUUUGUAGUGCUUGAAAAGACCUUUAAAAUGAGCUAUAUUAAAGGUUAAUUACAUUAAAACUAAGCGAGAUAUGCUGCAAACAAAAUUGAUAACUAAUGUGUUUUAAGAAAAAAUGAGAAGUAAUUUUAACCCAAAUCCACCAAAAUGUAAAUGCAUCGUUUUCUUUCUGCCAUACCUUUUACUAUAGUGUUAUUUCUAUGUUCAGAAAGUUGGACGGGUUUAAAAUGAAUUUAAAAAAAAAUCAAAUUAUAUAGAACAAAUUUAAAUUUUCUUGUAACUUGAAAAUGAUAAGAGAUACAGUAAUGAAAAAUAAAAAAGAAAAUUUUUAUCUGAAAAAACCCUACAUUUUUGUGUGGUAUCUUUUUUUCGUAUCUCUUAUCAUUUUCGAGUUACAUGGAGAAAAAGGAAGAUUUUUAAGAAAAUUUAAAAAUGCGCUCUAUAAUUUGAUCUUAUUUUUUUCAAAAACCAUUCAUUUUAAACCAGUCCAACUUUUGAACAUAUAAAUAACACUAUAAUAAAAAGUAUUGUAGAAGGAAUACGAUGUAUUUAAAUUCUGAUGGAAGACGGGUUAAAUACACUUCUCAUUUCUUCCUAAAAUACAUUAGUCAUCAACUUUUUUGCAGAAUAUCUCGCUUAGUUUAAAUGUAAUCGACAUUUAGUAUUGCUCAUUUUAAAGUUAUUUUCAAGCACUAUAAAAGUUGUAAGUAUCAUUAUACACAUAAAAUCGACCGUUUCUCUGUUAUUUCAAGUUGAAUACACCGAUUUGAGCAUGCAGCAAAAAACAAACCUACCAUAUCCCUCUUUCUAUUUUAACUAGAAGAUUUAUGAAGGAACAAAUCUCUUUGUUUUCUUAUAAACUAUAGAAAUAUUUUAUACAGUUUUUUUGUUAGAUGCAUAGUUUUUAAGGUAUUCACAAAAAUCCGUCCGAAGAGGUGUAAUUUUCAACCACGAAUAACUCAAAAAGUAUGGAGUUUUUAAAAAAUAAUUAUGGAACAAUUUUUGCUUAAAUUAGGUUCUCUAGCCUCUUCCGUGGCUAUUUUAACCAAAACAUUUUUCACUCCCGAGAAGGGGUGGUAACCACUUCCAAGAUAAAAGCGCACAUCGACAUAGGGUAGACUUUGUUUCAUGAGCUAUUCCCUACUUACUGUGAAAAUAUCAAGUAAAUCGAUGUAGUAAUAUGGAAUUGGGAGCCAAAUACCCUCAUUGACUGCCCUAGUUUCCUUUGUAUUAAAAAUAAUACUUUCAAAGUGAUCUACUAAGCAACAGAUUUGAAUAAUAAAGAUAUUUAGAAAAACAACGUUGAUCAAGUCAAUUGCAAAUAAAUCCAAAUGGUGUCAUAGCGAGUUUUAUUAAGACAGCCUUUAUUUGACACUGUUCAGCACUAGUCAAACAGUAUAAUUUAAAGUAAUGUAUAGUUGUUAUUUUGCUCAUUAAUAAUUGUAUUAUAAUUAUGUAUUAAUACCAUAUUUUAUAUUUUAUUUUAAUAAUAUAAAAGUAGUUGAAUAUUAA